AUGUUUUCCUCCAUUUUUUCGCCUCUACAGCCACUUUCUUCGUUUUGUUGGCCUUGUUCCUCAGUUUUUGUUUUUCUUUUCGCCUCCUUCCUUACUUUCUUCUUUCAUUUUUCGUCCUUUCUCAAUCUUCUUUCGUUUUACCUCUUUCCUCACUUCCUUCUUUUUUUUCUUUUCACCUCCUUCUUCACAUUUUUCUUUCUUUUAAGCUCACUUAAUUCUUCCUUUAUUUUCGUUUCCUACCUCGCUUUCCUCUUUUUUUCUACGCUUGCUUCCUCACUCUUCUCUCUUUUCUUCUCUCUUUUUGCAAGCUUCCUCAUUUUUUCUUUCUUUUCAACACCUUUCUCACUUUCUUCUUUCUUCCUUUUCGUCUCCCACCUCUCUUUUCGCUUUCUUCCUCAUUCUUUCUUUUUGCCUACUUUUUUACUCUUCUUUCUUUUAGUAUCCUUCUUCAAUCUUCUUUUCACCCCCUUCCAAACUUUUCUUUCUUUUCUCCUACUGCUUCACUUUUUUCUCUCUUUUCCACUCUUUCAUUACUCUUCUUUUUUCGUCUCCUUCCUCACUUCCUUCUAUUAUCUUUUUGCCUCUUUCCUCACUUUUUAUUCCUUUUGGGCUGGUUUCCCACUCCCUUCUUUCUUUCUGUUGCUCCUUCUUCAUUUUGUCUUUCUUUCUUUCUUUCUUUCUUUCUUUCUUUCUUUCUUUCUUUUCGGCUUCUUCCUCAUUUUUUAUUUUUUGCUUCCUUUCUCACUCCCCUUUCGUUUUGCCUCCUUCCUCACUUUCUUCUGUCGUUGUUUUUACCUUCUUUCUCACCUUCUUUCUUUUUCCUUCUUUCUCACUUCCUUCUUUCUUUUCGCCUCCUUCCUCAUUUUUUUCUUUCUUUUCGUCGCUUUCCUCACGAUUUUUCUUUCUCUGCGUCUCUUCCUCACAUUCUUCUUUCUUUUCGCUUCUUUACUCACUCUUUUUCUUUUUGUCUCCUUCCUCAUUUCCUUCUUUCUUAUCGCCUUCUUCCUCGCUUUCUUCUUUCUUUUCGCCUCCUUCCUAACUCUUUUCGUCCCCUUCUUCACUUUCUUCUUUCUUUCUUUUCGACAACUUCCUCACUUUUUUCAUUUCGUCUUUUUUUCUCACUUUUCACUUUUUUUUUGUUGCUUCAUUCUACAUUCUUCUUUCUUUUCGUCCCCUUCCUUACUAAUUUCUUUCAUUCUUUUCACUCCCUUCCUCGCUCUUCUUUCUUUUGGCCUACUUCACUUCCUUCUUCAUUUUUUCUUUCUUUCUCUUUAUCUCCUUCCUCAUUUUUCUUUCUUUUCUUUUCGCCACCUUCCUCUAUUUUUCUUUCUUUUAUGUCCUGCUGCGUUACCUUUCUUUUUUCCUUUUCAGCUUCUUUUAUUUCUGGCUCUUUCUUUUUUCUUUCUUUUUCAUUAUCUCGUUACGCUUUCUUUUUGCAUUUAUUUCUUUCUGUUCUUAGUUGUCCUUACUUUUUAUUUGUCCCUAUUUUUUUGUUCUCAAUUAUUUCGAUCUUGUUAUAUUGUCAUUUUGAAUAUUCACUUUCUUUUCUCUUAUUCACAUUUCUUUCUUAGAAAUCGUACCUUGCAUAUUGUGCUCCAUCUUCUUUUGUCUGUCAUUGAUUUAAUUAACCUAAGAGAUCGUUCUUCUUGCUAUUUUUUUCUUUUUUUCAUCUUUUCAUUUUCUUUUCUUUUUUCUUCCUUCUUUUUCGUUCUUUUUUCUUACUUUCUCUUUUCUUUUUCGUUUCUUUUUCUUUCUUUUUUCCUUUUCUUUUUUCUUUCUUUUUGUUUCUUUUUCUUUUAUCUUUCUUUUUUCUUUUUCUUUCUUUCGUUUCUUCAUUGUUCUUUUUCCUUUUUUGCUUCUUUUUGUUCUUUUUGGUUUCUUUUUGUUUCUUUUUCUUUGUUUUUCUUUUUUCAUUUUUUCAUUUUAUUUUUCUUUUCUUUUUUCUUCUUUCAUUUUUCCUUUUCUUUUUCCUUUUCUUUUACGUUUCUUUUAUUUUCUUUUUUCCUUUUCUUUUUGUUUCUUUUUCUCUUUUUUCUUUUUGUUUCUUUUUUUCCUUUUUUGAUUCUUUUUAUUAUUUUUUUAUUUCUUUUUUCUUUGUUUUUCCGUUUUCAUUUUUUACUUGUAUUUUCUGUUUCUCUUUUCCUUUUUCUCUCUUUUUGUUUUUAUCUUUUUCUCCUUUUUUCAAUAUUUCUCUCUUUUUCAUUUUUCAUUUAUUUCACUUUUGUUUAUCUUUUUUAA